AAGGCCUGACUCAUGCCCAGCUCGCUGAAAUUUUUAAAGCAAGAUAUACCACCACACCCUCUCUCCUGCAGAGGGUCUGACUGAGACGCCUUGUCAAGCUGCAGAUAAGCCCCAGCGACUCCAUAAAAAGAUCUUUGUCAACUUUUUAAGGUCGGCGCUUCUAAUCGGCGCUUCCGUGGGUCUCUUAUAAUUAUAUCCACGCCGACGACGCAUUUUGUUUUUAUUUUAAUAAUAAUAACAAAGAAGGCGACAAUACAGGGAAGAAAGAAAAGCAAAGCAGAAAAAUCUUCACGGGAACAUCAUCUCAACCCUACUUUCCUUCUUGUUUUUUGCUUUCCUUCCCUAUCUACUUGCUCAACAACGCAAACAAGCCAUGGUUGAAAUCAUGAUGUCGGCGCAUCAAAGGCCCGCGCUCGGCCACCGUUCUAUCACCCGCAAAGCCUCGUUCAGCGACGACGAAGACGCCAUCACACCCUGCUCAUCACCGCCACCCGAGCCACAAGACUUGAUCGACGCCGUCUCGGCCCAGGAGAAGCCUUCUCCUAAAUUCACGCCGAGUAGGAGUGGUUCCACGUCUGGUGCAGCGGCCUCGUCACGAAAGACAUCGACGACGACAACAACACAGGCAUGGCACUUUGACCCCACGGCCGGUGAGGCCAUGACCGAUUCGCAGCUGUGGCUGCGCAUGCUGGAGAUUCAGAGGACCUUCCACUGCUACAACAGCGCGAGGAUGAGUGCGGCUCUGCUGGAGCUCGAGAUGGGUGUGGAUGCCGGUCAUCUUGCUCCAUCAAGGAGCUGUCUUGACCUCAUGAAUGAGAGCAUCUCCGACCUCACUGAUGAGGAGAGGCGGAGACUUGCAGAUUGGCUGAGCGAGAACGGCCCGGCGAGGAAGAGAAGUGGGACUUGGAGACGAAGCCUCAAUUUCUGAAGGAACCAAAAAAAAAAAUUGGAUGUGACGCUUUUCGAGAGGAAUAUGGAUCGUUGUUUUGGAGGAGUUGAAGAAGCUUCUUAUGGAAGGGCAGAGACUGAUUCAGGACAGCAAGGCGUAAUUGGGCAAUGGACCAGCAGGAUGGCGUUAGGGUAUACCACCACACAAGGCUGCAUGAUGCAAAUAGGGAUUAGGAUGCUGUUGUUUUCUGGUCCAUGCGCGAGGAAAGGCAUCUUUGCUUACAAAUUCAGAAUGAUAUCUACAUAUUGCACCAACCCAAUCCUCUUGAAUAUGGGUGGAAAACGUAAAGGGUAGUCACUCAACAGCACUAAUUGGUUAUGAGCCUUUUUCAAGAACGCUGUACUGAAAACAACUUGGCUAGAUUUCAAUGUAUUGAUAACUCC